AAAACCAUCCACGACGAAAAUCUUUAUCAAUUUAUUGAAUAUUUAUCAGUGGCCUUCCUAAUACGAGUGUGUAUCUGUGUACGGUUUGUAAAUUAUCUUUAUUAUUGCUCUAUUACAGUAUUUGUUAAUACUCUGAUUUCAAUGUACAGGUUUUGGCGUUGUUCUUUUUCGACGCAUUAAACGGUUGUGCGUUGACAAAUAUCAUUAACGAUACGAUAAUGGUGCUACGUUAGGGCGGGUGACGCGGAAGUGUUCUAAGUAUUUGACCCACUAAGUCGGCCAUGCCCAUAGUUUAGCUGGGAAGACAACAUGAAUUGUCAUCAAAUACUCAGCGGAGCCUGUAAUGCUGGCGACCGGUGUUUCGCCGUCGGGAGCGUAGAAGGUGUACCGUUCACCGUAAGUGCCUACUUUAAUUUCAAUCUAUAGCUGAUGGUCUCUAUAAAAUGUCUGUUAAAUUGUCUCUUUAGGCUUAUGCGGCUGGAUGUAAUAUUGUGAUAUUGGCGAGUACGUUCGAACGUGUACAAAUCAUCCCUGGUGCAAUACACAACUACAUUCGUAUCAGUUGUUUAGAUUGUUCAACAGAUACUGGCAAAAUAGCUGCUGCCUAUGAUAAUCAAAUAUGUGUUUUCGAGCCAACCCCAUUAGUUUGCAAAAAUUCACCUCAUGCAAGUUUAUAUUAAAAUCAAUUUUUCAUUUGAAAACUAUUUUCUUUAUGACACACCCGCAUAAAAAAAAAAGCUAUAUAAUAUAAUUUCUUGGUUUAUUAGAUAGAAUAGUUAAUAUUUUGAUUAUGUAAUCAAAAUAUGUAUUAUUGUUUUAUUAGUUUAGUUACUCAGAUUAUAAGUAUAAUCACCAUUAGAUGUAUAAUGUAUACAAUGUAAAAAUUCAUACUUGGUGUUUGACAAUAUUAAUCAUCUGUAUUCCUGUAAACAUAAACAAACUGAAAUUCAAUUUUUUAUUAGUAUACAUAUUUGUCUAAGUAAUAGGUAUAGAUAUAGCUUUUUAUUUAUUUUUACACAUUAUAAAUAUCAUUUAAAAUUUUUCUCUACAAUUCACAAAUAAAUAAUCUUGUUUAUAAAUAGUAGGUAAAAUUAUUUGAUACAAGAUUAAGCCAAAUUUAAUUUAAUAAAAAAAAAUAUAAUUAAAAUCCUACUCUUAAACAAUAACUGGACCAUAUAUAAAUUAACUGUGUAGAUAAUAUAUAAUAAGUAUUCAUAUUUUUUAUUAAUUUUAAAUACUUGUCCCAAAGAUAAAAUGUUGUCUGUUAUUUAUUGGUUAUGCAAAUGUGUAUUCAAAAAAAAUAUUAUUUUUUUUAUAAAAAUCACUUUUUUUUGUUGUUUAAUGUUUGUUUAAUUAUUUAGUAUUUGUCUUACUUUUAUAAUAUUACAGCAAUUGGAUUAUAAAUGGGUAGAGACGGCUAGCUGGCGAACAGCUUGUCGCAUUAGCUGUUUAUCAUGGAAUUUAGAAGGAACAAGAUUAUUAACAGGAGGCACUGUUUUACAAUUAUGGCAUCAACAAUUACCUGAUGAGCUCUUAGAUGAAAAUACUGGUACGUGUAUUUAAUUCAAUGUAAAAAAAUAAUACGUAUUAUGUUUGCUGAUAAAGAAAAUGUCUAUUAAAUUGUGAUUUUUUAUUUAUUAUUAAUUUUUAAAUUAUAUUUCUCUAAACUAGAAACAAAAAUUUGAUUAAUUUCAAUACUUUCUAAUAAUGUGUAUUUAAUUUUAUAUAGGAAUGACAAGUGAUGGAGUAACAUUUGAAAUUGGUGAAGAAGCGAUACCAAUGUCAAUAACAGCACCUACUAUCUGUGAAGUACGUGGAUGGGAAUGUGUUUGGCAAAAAGAAACAGCAACACCAGUUGUACACAUUGCUUUUUCACCUGAUGGAACAUUAUUUGCUACUGCUGGUAAAGAUGACAGACUAGUCAAAAUUUGGUUUGAAAAUAAACAAUGUAAGUAUGAAAAAUCCUAAUUAUUUUAAAAUAAAAUAUAUAAGUAUUAUUAUAUGUAUUUUAACUGCAAUUAUUUUAUAAAAAUGAGAAUUGCAAAAUAAUUUUCAAAGUAUAAAUUGAAUUAAAUUAACACUAAAAUAUUUUUUCAAACUUAUUAUUUAGUACUUUUUCCAUCAAAAAGUGUGGAUCAGAAUUAUUCAAUGAGUGCCAUUUCCAAUUUUGGUGAACCAAAUUAUGGGUUUGUGUAUAUAGCACAUCCCCGUGCUGUAACACAACUGUCUUGGAGAAAAACUAGCAAAUAUAUGCCCAAGUAAUUAGUUGUUUUUUUUUUUUUCAAAAAUAUGUUUAAAGAAUAAAUAAUAUUUUAAUUUUUUUAGAGGGUCUGUUUCUAAUAUGUUAGUAACAUCAUGUAGAGAUAAUAUUUGUCGACUAUGGUCAGAAACUGUGUUACCGGAUGAUGGUUUAGUGAAUAUGAGCCAGUUUGAUCCAUUAGCUGCUCAUAAUCCUCGAUUUCGUACACACAGGCAUAAGCAUAGACUUCUUCAACGUCUUAAACACAUGAAGUAAUUAAAUUAAAACAUUUUAAAAUUUAAUAAUUAAUUUUAAUUCAAAAUAUAUAUGUAGAGCUUGUUUUCAUAUACGAAGACACGCUAAACAUCAUGGUGAUGUUGGCACUGGUUUAGCUGGAAGUACAAGUUCAACUAUACCAACAUUACCAUCCACAUUUAGUGUUCAUGAUUUUCAUAGUUAUGGUUUUCAUGGAACUGGAAUUAUUCCAGGACUUCAUUUUCACUUAGCUGCUAGUAUAAAUGCUGAAACAGGUAAUAUUAUAAAUUACAUUUAUGAAAUACAAUUUUAAAUAAAUAAUUUAAGAUUUUAUGUAUUUUAAAAUGUUAAUAUCAAAUAUAAACUUAAGUUAAUAUGAUUAAAUUAUUUUCAUAUUAUCACAGACAUUCCAUUAGUGCCUAGUUUAUCAAGCACUGACCCUGAAAGAGAACCAAAUUUUGUUCUUCAUUGGCUCAAUAAUAAAGAAAUGCAUUUUUCACUCCAAGCUGAAGCAAUAUUAAAUGUACAUUAGUUUUGUAUUUUUCACUUAUGUGUGAGCAAUAUACUAAAUUUGUGUUAAUUUGUAAAAUAAUUAUUUAGGAACUGACUAAAAAAGUAGUGGAAAAAGAUGAUAUGCUUAUAAAUGAACAGUUUUUAAUAUCAGAACAUCAUGAUGUGGAUUUUAAUGAUCCCAGACGUAAACAAAGUAAGCUUGGUAAAGGUAUGUCUCAAGAUGAAAGUGUUAGUGAUGAACAUAGCUAUCCAUCAAGUCAUCCAACACUUAGGUAAUUAAAUUGAAAUUAGUAUUAUUUUAUAUGUUAUAUGUACUAUUAUUUUUGUUGUAUUACAGCAAUACAACAUCAUUGAAUUCAUUUACUACUGAUACAAAUCAUAUAGCCACUGAUUCACUGGAUAAUAAAAUUGAAUGCCUACUUCGCGAUUGGCACCAUAGUCCUGACUUAUUAUUUGCUGUUCAUCCUAUUGAUGGAAGUUAUUUAAUUUGGGUUGUCGACUGGCUAGAUGAAUACCAUCCUGGUUCGUUUAGACAAGCUCAAGUUUCUUUUUCCACUAGAAUUCCUAAUGCUUUCCCUCUCGGAGAUGCCACCACAAUGUCUCAUAAUGUGUGUUUGUAUCAUACAUCUGGAUCAAGUUUACAACUAGCUUUCAGAGAUGUAGUUAAGACUGCUGCUGCAGCACCAAGCAGAACACCUAGUGAUGUUCAUGGUGAGUUAUUAUUAUAUAAGUACCCUGUUAUAUAAAUCAUAAAUUACUAUUUGACUUUUUAGGUAUAAAUGGAGAUUUUGGUGAUUCAAGUCUUCCUCGAGUUUUAGAGGAAGAUGGUGAUUCUUUAGCUGGUGAUAUUGACCUACAUCGUCAAAAUGAAACAGUUGAGCCAUUAUCAAAUGAUAAUGGGAAACAUAACCGAGCUACUUCAUCCACGGGUGAAGACUCAGGAACAUUUAAUGAUAUAAUAUCUGCACCACCAUGCCCAACUCUAUCUAUGGUUACCAAACAUACUAAUGGAACCCUAAAUUUAUGGCAAUUAACUUUUGCUGAUAAAUCAAAAUUUUCACAAGUCUUAAGUAUUGGACAUGCAUCUCGAGCGUCUGGUCAUCGUUUCCGUGUAAAUGAUGUGACAUGUCAUCCAGUAUUGCCAUUAUUGUUAACCACUUCCCACCAUAAUUUACCUGAUCAAGAAACUCCCGCUUCUCCGUUAUCAGCUAACCCACCCAUUGCUCAACCGCCAUCAGUAAAUAUACACAUUUCUAAUUUUAAAUACAACCUAAUUAUAUUAUAAAUGGUUUACAGGGAUUUUGCAGUGAACUUAUUUUAUGGAGAGUUGAUGCAGUUGGUCCACUUUCUAAAUCUGGUGGUGUUUCUGAACUCGCUCGUAUAAAUUCUCUUCAAAUAUCAGCAUUUUCAAAUGUUGCCUGGAUACCAACUUUACUACCCAGGUAAUUAGAUGAUUACGAUAUGAUAAAAUACCUGUAUGUAUAUGUAUAAUAUUACAUGUUUACUUAUAUUAUUUAUACUAUUUAAAUAUAUGUAAUAUUAGGCUUGAGUUUAUUAAUAAUUAUAAAAUUGUGUUUAAAAAAUAUAUACUAAGUUUAUUUAUAAUAGUACUACUCUCGGCACAUUGUCGAAUUCUCCGAGUGCAUGUUUUGUGGCUUCUGAUGGUGAAUGUUUACGUGUUUAUCAAGCUGUUAUUGAUGCCAGAACAUUAUUAGCUGAAGUAUCCAGUUCAGAACAUCGUAGUCGAAUGGCUGCUGUAUGAUUUUUUUUUAUAAUGUAAUGUAGUUUUUUUUGAAAAGUAAAAUAUAAAACUUUUUUAAUUUAUAGGACUCUAUGGUAAGUUUAUCAACUGAUGUUUCUUCUGAAAACGAUUUAAAACAUAAUUCAUUACACGAUCAUAUCAAAAUUGUUUCACAACAAUCUACGGCAAGACCUGGAUGUGUUAUUCAACUGGAUGCUAUAUCUGAUGCAACACAUGUAAAUUGUUUAUUUUUUAAAAUACUUAAUAUUUUCAUAAGGUAAGAUAAAUAUGAUUAUUAUAUUAUAGGAUUGGCAAAAUACUCAAUUUUUACAUGUAUUUCAAGAACAAUUAAUGACAGGAGAAAGAUCAUCUGGUAGAGGUUUAGUAGAUGCUAUACCAGGUUUAGAAAGUGAAGAACCUGAUGAAGAUUUUGAGGAACCUUUUUACUUAGUUGUACUUGAACGGACUGUCCAGGGUACAACAGUACAUAUGUGGCGUUUAAUUAUAGCUUCUCAGCUUGAAAGUAAUCGUAAGUUUUAUAUUUGUUUUUCUUCUAAAUAUAUUUAGUAUUUAUUAUCUGUAUUAUAUAUUUUAUUUAUUUAAACAGCUUUAAGUGAAAGUAUGAUGUAUGUUCCUGAUAGUCAAUUAGUACAAGAUGAUGAUGAAAUGGAUAACUCCGGGAAGCUGGGGGCAACUAAUUUAGGUGGAGAAGAGACGACUCAACCAACUUUGUCAGCUUUUGCCCCUCAUGUUUCAAUAUCAACCACAAAGGUACGUUAAAGUAUGUAUACAUAAAUAGUAGUGACUAGUAUUGGGCUUAAGCUGAUAUUGUUUAUUGGACGAUAUUGAGGAUAUCAGAAUAUUGGUUAUCGUGAAUCUUACAAAACUGAUAUUUUCGAAAAAAAUUUUCUCUGAAAUAUUAUAAAAGCAUUAGCCAUUUCAUCCGAUAUACUGGUUAAUUUCAAGGUUUUAGAUUUCAAAUAUUGUAUCAACUAGUGGUAGUAAAUAUCAGAAAAAAGUAAUAUCGAAUUGCCACUAAUAAAUAGGUCCAAAAAAUGUUUAAUUUACAACCUUAUUUAACAUUCUACUAUUGAUUAAUUAAUUUUAGCCAUUUAUUUGAUAUUCAAUGUUACUUUUACACUUAUUAAUAAUUAUUGAAGCCAAAUUUUGAAAAUAAAUGUUUAAUAUAAUCUUUUAAAAUCAUCUAAUAUAGUAAAAUAGAAGUUAUUAUGAACACUAAUACUCUCAGUGAAGUCUAAUUUUUAAUUAUUAUAAAAUAAUAACAUUUAGACUUAACUUAACCUUAGUAGUUUUAAAAAGUAUCGUAUAGUAUCUUGAUUCAAACAUAAAUUUGUUGAAUACAUAUUUUCUGUGUUACUGUACAGAAUAAAAUGUAUAUUUCUCAAUAUUUGUUAUUAAUUUAUUAUAGAUUUGUACACAAGAAUUAAAUUUACCUGAUGGUGUUGAUGUUAUUCAUGCAUCUCCUGCUGGAGGACAUUUGAGUUCUGCUUCUAUCUAUCCCGCUUGUUUUGCACCAUAUGUAUUUGUAACUGCGUGCUCAGAUAGUACUUUACGGUUUUGGAAGUGUAAGAUUUCAAAAACAGCAGAUGAAGUUACAUACCAAUGGGAUGAAUGGGAAAUGAUAAGAAAAGAUCGCAAGUCUAUGAUCGAAAUAUCAGGUAGAAUUUAUUCGCUUUCAAUGCAUCGCAAAAAUUUAUUAGUUUUUAUUUUUAGGUCAACCAUUAAAUAUAAGUGCAGCAUACAGUGGGCGUAUUGCUUGUGCAUAUAAAUACGGAAAAUCAUUUACUCGACCAUCAAAAAAAGAUCCAGAAUCAAGAUAUGUUAAUUUGUGUGUAGCUAUUUAUGAAUGUGAAAGUACUGGUGGUUCAGAAUGGCUACUUGAAGACACAAUACACAUGAAAAAUAUUCAUUUGCCAAAACUUCAUAUCGAUCCUAGUGUUGAUCUGACAUAUUUGCAUGAUCAAACAAUACUAUCAUCCAAAAAACAUAAGUUGCAGUCCACAGUUUUGAAAGCUUUAUCGUCAGAAGACUUGGAUGGAACGACUGGGAGAAGUAAUGGUAGAAAUGUGGAAAAUGAAACUAAUUUAGUUAAAAGUAGUCAUGGUAUGGCAAAAUAUUAAUAUUUUCAUUAUUUUAUGUAUGACAUGAUAAACCAAUGUUUCAAGGUUUACUGGCUGUUCCUAGUUUUAGUACUCUUCAAUCAUUAAGAAAAUCUAUUAUUGAAAAUGGAAAUACAUGUCCAUUGACACAGAAACACAUUGUCCAAUUAGAUUGGGUAUCUAAGGAAGAUGGGUCUCAUAUACUUACAGUGGCUGUGGGUAGUAAGGUAAAUAAAUUUUGAAAAUUAUUAUUGUAAAUAAAUGAUAUGUAAACUGAUAUGUUAUCAAAUUAUUACAAAAUUAAAUUAUUGUAUUUUUUAAUUUUUCUGCUUUGAAAUAGAUUAUGUUAUUUACACCAGUAUCAAGUGAUUUAGCUCAAGCCAAUAUGAAGGCAAUGAAAGAAUCCCAAUCAGUUAACCGUCCAAUUUUACGAAAAGCUUCAUCGCUAGCUUCUCCCAAUUUUGUAGAUGAAAUAAGGUAAAUUCAAAAUAUAUUAAUAUGUAAGUAUACAAGUGUUCUAAAUUUAUUUCUACUGAUUUUUAAAAUGAUCCACUAUGUUUUCAAUUGAAAUUGAAAAUCUAUUUUGUGUUUUGUAGAGAGUGAACUUUCAAGGUUAUCUAUGUUUUAUUUGAUUUAAAUACUUCUAUUAUUUUCUAUAACAUUCAUUGGCUCUAUUAAGUAUAGAUUGUGUUGAAGGAAGGAUGAGAAAGACUAUUCUAAAAUUAAUAUAAAGUCUUCAUUUUAAUUUGUCAUGAUUUUAAAUAAUUUUAAAUUUUAAUACAAAAUAAACAAAAAUGUAUGUAUAAACUAUACAAUAUUGGGAUUAUCAAAUACAGUAAUUGUCAAACUGUACUCUGUAUGAAACACAGAAUACUUAAAAUAAGAUCUGGUUAGAAUUUCAAAUCUUACAAUUUUUGUUUAAAAGCAAUUUAUUUGUUAAUAGUAUAGAAACAUUAGCAAUAUUUUUUUUAGUAUGUUUGACCAAAACAAAUAUAUCAUUGGUAUUUUUCAUAUAAUUAUUUUCUUUUUAAUAAUUAAAAUUGGUUUUCUUUAUUAUUAAAGAGUUCCAUAGAUUUGUUUAUUCAUUGAACAUCUUUGAAACAAAAUUUUUCUAUCGCAAUGUAAUCAAAUAUUUAAAUUAUAACUUUAAGAUGGAUGAAACUCAGGAAAAUUGAUCUCACUACAGCUGAUGGUUUGCCUCCACUUCCAAUGCAAAUGUCAUGGGUUCGUGAUGGUAUAUUAGUUGUAGGUAUGGACAGUGAAAUGCAUGUAUACUCGCAAUGGAAACCUAAUUUGUGUAAGUUGAUUGCGUUACAUUUAAAUAACUUUUAUUAUGAAUCUGAAGUAUGAGUUAAUUUUAUUUCAUACUUAGAUACACAAAAAACUGCUAUGCCAUGUUGUAAAUUAGUACAUCAAGAAUCAGAUGAGCUACAAGAUACCAGAAACUUAAGAGAUGAAGAUCUUAGAACAUUGGCUCAUGUAAAUUUCAAUAUUUCAAUAACUAAUAAAAGAAGAUAAAAAUGUUUUACAUUAUUAUUUUUGUUUUGUGUAUAGGAAACCUCACAAAGGAGAUUAGCCAAUGUAAGUUCCAUGCCGCAUUUGUCUCGUGUAAGCUCAAUUAAUUUAAAUAUGUUAACUGCCGAGACAAAAAAAAAGAAGUUGGGUAUCACAAAUGGUGACUCUACAAGUAAUAUGGACUCGUAUAUGCCUGACUAUGGACUUUUUGAAGCUAGUCGUAUAGCAUGCCCAGUUCUUCCUCAAUAUCACCCUAAACAACUAAUGGAGUUAUUAAAUUCUGGAAAAAUACGAUGGGUGAAAGCUAUACUUGCACAUCUUGUCAGGUAUUUAAUAUUAUUACAUACUUACUAUCAAUUAUUUUGUGUUCAAAAAUAAAAACAUUUAAUAAAUAAAAUUUACUUUUAGAUGUAUUUCUACUACGUGUAGUGUAAGACAAGGUGCCGUUGUUUGUUCAUAUUCAGAAGAAGACAAUUUAACUAGACAAAGAGGAUGGUCUAGGUCAAGAACAUUGUCUGUGAGCUAUGCUGGAACUGGUAAGAAUCAACUAUUUUUAUACAAUAUAUUUAUUUAAAUAUUUAUUAUUAUUAUUAUUAUUAUUAUUAGCUACAAGUCCAAUGGAACCUAGAGGAUCUACCACUGCAAUUCCAGAAGAACUGAUGUUGGAUUAUGCUGAAAUUACUUCUAUUCCUCCUUUACCUUUGUGGACACUAUUAGCAGCAGAUAAAGAAAAUGUUAGUACAGCCCUAAAAUUAGCUGAAGAUGAAAAAGAUUAUAAUGAAUUAUUUAAUGGAAACAUUUCUACGUCAGAAGAUAAUCUUGAUGAUAUAUUGAAUGAUGAUUUAGAACCAGAAAGUCCUCGUAGAUCGGAACGUAGGUUAUCCAACUCUACGGAAAAACAACAGUGUCUGUUGUCUCAUUUUGGACCAAAACAAGGUCAACUCUUAUCUCGUCUAUUAACUCAUACACAUUUGCCUGGUUUAUCAAGUUUGGAUCAAAUGCAUCUAUUAGCUCUUGCUGAUACUGUAUCGACAUGCAACACAGACUUUGCUGAUAGGUUUGUGGAUAAAACUCAGUUUACUAAAGAUAGUUCAGUACCACAUGAAGGUGAAGUUUGUUCAGGUGAGAUUAACAAAUAUAUAUAUUUAAUUUUAAUAAUCAUAUUAACAUUUAUAUAACAAAUAUUUUAGAUUCAUUGGAUGACUGUGGUCUUAGAUUCUUAUUAGCAAUGAAACAUUACAAUUAUUUAUUACGAUGUUUGGGCGUAGCACAACGUACACAAUUUCAAAAGAGAGGAAUGUGUUCAGCUGAUAUAGCAUGGGCAUUCCACUCUGAAAGUGAAGAAGAACUUUUACAAUUAACUCCAUCUUAUGUACGGGGAACUCCACGUUGGUCAGCUUUGAAAGAAUUAGGAGUUGGUUGGUGGCUUAGAAAUCAAACUUUAUUAAGAACUUGUAUUGAAAAGGUAAUUUUAUUUUAUAUAACAUGUACUAUAAGUAUUUUACUGAUUAAAAUUUUUAAAAAAUAGAUUGCAAAAGCGGCUUAUCAGGCAAAUCAAGAUCCUUUAGAUGCUGCUAUAUUUUAUCUUGCAAUGAAAAAGAAAUCAUUAGUUUGGGGAUUGUUUAGAUCUAAAAGAGAUGAACGUAUGACUCAAUUUUUUUCCAAUAAUUUCACUGAAGAUCGUUGGCGUAAAGCAGCAUUAAAAAAUGCAUUUGCUUUACUUGGAAAACAGCGAUUUGAACAUGCUGCUGCAUUUUUCCUUCUAGCUGGCGCCCUUAGAGAUGCAAUUGAAGUAAAAAUGUAUACCGUAAUUUAUUAACAUGUCAACUGUGCACUUCUUUUUCCAAUAUUUUAUCUCUAGUAAUUAUUUUAAGAGUAAAAUAUACACAAAAUAAAUAUAUAAUAUGAUAAACUUUAAUAUUCAUUAUAAUUUUGUACUGUGCACAGUUAGUCUGUUAAUAAUAAUUAAUAAUAUUAUGUAUACAUUCUAAAUAAAUCUGUUAUUUAGGUUUGCUUGAAUAAACUAGAUGACUUACAGUUAGCUAUGGUUAUAGCACGAUUAUAUGAGGGGGAAAUUGAUUCUACUCCAUCCAGUCUUAAACGACUUUUAUAUGAAGUAUUCAAAAUUUUUAAUUUAAAUAUUUUUAAACUUCCAAGUUUAUUUACUUGGUUUAGGAAAUUCUUGGUUGUGAUCUAAAUGGUGAAAAUCAAAAAUUGUCUAUGGCCAAUCCAGAUCCCUUCUUACGUUCUAUGGCUCUUUGGAUACUAAAGGAUUUUACUGGAAGUUUGAAUACUUUAGUUCAAACCAAUGUUGGUACAAUGCAUCCGCUAUAUAAUGAUGAGGAAAAACAAGAAACAUCAGCUGGUAUGUUUAACACGUUGAGUGCCUCCGUAGUAUGUGAUGCGCAUUGCCCGUGAAUUCAUGAGAAAUUUGUUCCAUGAUUACAUUGGCUAGAGUUUUGCUAAAAAUAGAUGAAAAUUCAAACCAAAUAUACCGUUUGAAAGAGGUAGUUCACUGUAUAACCAAGUUUAAAAAUGAAAGCAUUUUCUUGAUACCCGAAUAAAUUAUUAAGCCAUAAACAUACUUAUAAAAUUUGUUGACAUGGUUAUAGGAGCAAUGUUACAGUUAUCGACUGUGGUACUCAACAUAUUAAAAAAUAAACAUUAUUUUUGUAAAUAUUUGACUUAUAAUUUUUUAAUUUAUAUCUUUGUUUUUAUUAUAUGUAGCAAAUCCAAAUGUUUUUAAUUUUUAUGUGUAUCUUCGAACACAUCCCUUAUUGAUAAGACAUUAUUUGGCAUCCACCUACCAAGAUAAAAAAAACCAUACUGUAGUAUUGGCUGGAUUUAGCUAUGGGUCUGACGCUAGAUGUAGAGAAACUUCGGAUCGACAAGUAAUCACAAUUAUAAUUCAUAUUUAAACUUCAGUAAUUAUAUCAAAAAAAAAAAUAUAUAUAUUUUUUUUAGUUAAUGUUGGAAGAUUCUAUUACUCCAUUGGAAAGACAACUAUACUUUAAAACUGCACAUGCUCAUUUUAAAGCUGGAUGCCCUGCGCUUGCUCUUGAAGUUUUAUCAAAAUUACCUAGUAAAAUAAUGGAUCCUUCUACAGAACAAUCAAACAGUAAGUACAUUUUUGUAAAAUCAUUAAUUUUAACUGCAAGUAUUAUUUUUUAAUGGGAAACAAUUAGUUUAGUUUAUGUUUAUUAACAUAUUUAUCAAACAAGUGUUAAAAUGAUGUAAUCAACUUUUGAUAAUCAAGGACUUGUGCAUGCAAUGAUUAUACUCAUUAUUCUUACUAAAAGUUGUUUAUUAUACUACAGUAUAAUUAAUAUUAGUGUAAACAAAUUUUCAAGGAUCAUUUAAAUCUAUUCUAAAUAAUUUGAACUCUGUUAAUAUAUUAAAAGAUACCUAUAAACAGAAUGUGUAAAAUACAUAAUUUUAUGUACUUAAAGUUUAUUAGAGAAUUUCAGUGGUUAAAAAAAAAUCAUAUAAAUUAUGUUUAAUAUAUUAUUAGGAGAGUGGAUGGUGCAUGAUGUUUGCAGAUGAUAUAGGUUGAAUAGAUUAACUCUAGAAGUUAGCAAUAGGCUUAAAGAAUGGAGAGUAGCACUUGAAAGAAAGGGGUUAGGGAUAAGUAGAAGUAAACUAGUCUAUAUAGAGUGUGAGUUUGAAGGAGCAAGACAAAAUAGCUAGCAAGGUAGUUUAAUAGGCAAGAUUGAGAAUUUUAAGUAUUUAUGAUUUUUGUACGGAAUAAUGAUGGUUUUAAUGAGGAUGUUAAACACAGAAUUAAGUGUGAUAAGUGGAGAUCAGUGACAAGUGGUGUUUUAUGUAUAAUGAGUAUUCUAAUGAAACUUAAAAGUGAGUUCUACAAAAUUAUGGUGAGACGGGCCAGGUAUGGAGUAUUGGGAAAAAAUAUAGAACAGAAAAUUAGUGUAGAAGAGAUGAGAAUGUUAAAUUAGAUGAAUGGAAGAGGCGUUGGACACUUUUCCCGAAGAUAACAAAAUCUGAAUCAAGUACACCAACAUAGAAAACUAAAUUAUCAGCAAAUUAUUAUUACUUUUCUGUAUUAUCUACCCUAUAUGGUUUUGCACAACAAAUCUAGCAUUAUUUUCUAUUAAAAUUUCAAAUAUUUAAUGUGAGCAAGUGACUCCCUUAGGUCUCUAGGUGCCGUAUUAAUAUUAACAGGAUAAAGUAAAAAUACAUAAUGUAUUUCAUGUUUGUGCAUUUAAUAAUUGUAGAUUCUCAUUUGAAAAUGUUUGAUUUAGUUAAGGUUGGCGUAAUUUGUCACUAUCUAAUUAUUUUAAUAUUUUCUUCUAUGGUUUCGGGAAAAGUAACCCUAUUCGGGCAGUAAGUAUUUUAAUGAAAACAAACAUUGGAGGAAAGGGCGAGAUAAAAACCUAAAAAAUGGUGGUUGGGUGUGAUUGAGAAUGAUACAGAAACAUACAGGAAAUGUAUGUUAGGUGGAGAUCGAAGGAAGUAAAAUUUUAGGACGAGGUUGGCCAACCCCAAAUAUAGUUUAGUUGAAUAUGACGGAGAAGAUGUUAAAUACUUUAUAGUAUACUUCAGUAUAUAAAUUAGCUAUCUGUGCAAUAAUAAAGUUUUUUCUCGUCGAUAAAAUAAUAAACAUAAUUUUUUCAUCUGGAUCACAAUAGUUGCACAAUCUCUUUAUCACAGUUAUCCCACGCACGUACCACGUUGACCCAUUUUGAGCAUUUUAAAAUACAAAAUAAUUUUAAAAAGUAUUUAAAAUAAUAUAUUUCAUUGAAUUACUGCCCUAAGCCUGCUUAUAAGUAUUUAAUAUGCGAGUAUUAAUUACUUAUUCCUAUUUAUAUAAUAGUCAAAUACUAUCUUUAAUUCAUCCCAUAUUUAUUCAAAUGAUACAAAUUCUGAGAACACAUUCAAAUUUUUCAAGUCAUUUUUUUUAAAUUUAAUUUUUGCUUUUAUUUAAAUGUUAAACAAUAUUUUUCAAUGUUUUUAAGUAUGAGAUUAAUAAUACAAUUUAAAACAACCACCACUGGCCUAUUCUUCAAUUGGUAGACCAUGUAUCAAAUUUGAAUCUCUUUUCAGUACAAUAAUAAAGUAUAAAAUUGUUUAAAAAAAGAAAUUAUUUUAUUAAUAAAUUGUGCAAUUUCAAAUGAGUCUAUAGCUAUAUUUUUAAACAUAAACUAUUUCAUUUAAAAUGCAUAACUGGUAACUAUUGAUUAAAUCAAAAUUACAAAUCAGACAUCCAUUGAAUCUUGAGUAGACCCAUUGUUUUAGAGUGAGUCAUAAAUAUAUAUAUUUAAAUAUAGCAGCCAUUAAAGUGAUAUCACAAUUUUCUUCAGAGCUUAAUUAUUUUUAUAGUCAUUAUUAAGGUAAUUUUUAUACAGAGUUAGUGGAGUACUUAUCUAGUUUGGCAUACAAUAUUGAAAAAAAAAUAAAUUAUUAUCAUUUAUCAGAUAUUAUAAGUAUUGCUUGCCAAUAAAUGUACUAUAAUUACAAAUUUUAUUAGAUACUAAUAUAUUUCAUAAUUUAUUCUUAUUAAUUUCUGACUAAAAAUAAAACACUUCAUUGAUAAAAAAAUAGUGACACUAAAGUAAGUAAUUUAAUGCAUUACUUUGUACUAUAUUUGAAAUCAUAGGGCAUAAUUUUGUGUCACUACAUUAAACAGCUUAUAUGAUUUUAUGACUUGAAGUGUUCAUAUAUAUUAAGUGUUUACUAUUGAAGUAUAAUAAAACAUUGUAUUUUUACUUUUUCUUUUGUUCUACUUAAUUAUAAAAUCAUGUAUCAAGUACAAGUCCACUAUCAUUAAUCUUGAUAAAACUUAUAAAAUGACAGUUUAUUUUUUUGUAGUUUAAUGAAAACAAUUAAGUUCAAAUUCACAGAAAGUAUAAUUUCAAAAUACAUUAAAUAAUAAUAUCCAAAAAGUAUUCAAUAUUUUCUUUUUAUUAAACAACUAAAAUUAUUGUAAUUAAUAAAAUUAAUAAAUACUUAAAUUUUAAAUAUGAUAGAAAAAAUUUGAAUAUUUAUACAUAUAACAAUUAUUUUAAUCAAAAUUUAAAUUUUUAAAAGAAUCUAUGUCUUCUUUAUUAUGAUCUCCAACUGUUGUAUCAACUUCAUUUUUAACAGUGCCAUUUCUAAAUUUUUCUUCAUCCAAAAAAAACUCACGAUUAUCCAAUAGUUUUUUUUUUAAUUUUUCUAUUAAAUAUAAACAAAUAAGUUAAAAAUAUUUAAUUGAGAAAACAUUUGACAACAUUUCUAUUUACCAUUAGUUUCACUCAUAUUUGCUGCCAGACCACCAUAAUCCUGUGGCACAAUUGUUUGUGGUAAUGUUUUUAUAAAUUCAUUAGUCUUUGAAACAGACUUUAUUACAACCUAUAAUGAAAAAAAAGAAAAAAGUAAUUUAUUAUAAAUUAGCAUUAAAGAUAAUUUAAUAUUUUACUUUAUUUAUUAAUGAAGAACUCAUAAAUGGUUUCAUUGUUGCAUAUACUCUUUCAGUUCCCGAAGUGACGUUUAGAACAUAAAUUUUGUCAAUGACAAAUGAUGCAGCUUCCUAAAUAUUUUUACAUCAAUAAGUUAUUAAAUAUUUGAAAAAUAAAUAAAUAAUAGGUAAAUUUAACCUGGACAUAUGUCAUUAAAUGUCUUGCGUUAGAUAGAGAGUAUCGUAAUGCAUGAUUUAAGCCGAAAUGAUUCGAAUCUAAUACCAUUCUAUACCCUGGCUUGGUACCAUUUUCUAUUUGGUCCAGUUCAAUAGCCAUGAAAGCUAAUUUUGUCGCUACAGUUGGAUAAUAUUGAGAAGCAUCUACAAUUUUCAACUGUGACCAUAUAUAAUUAUAAUGAGUAUCCUCAUCGGGAAUUAUAUUUAUAUUACUGAAAAAAAUGAAUGUUGAUUACUGUUUUUAAAAUAAUUAUGAUAUAUUGUAUAUUACAAAUAUAUUUAUUGCUUUCUUACACUACAUCCAAUUGUUUUUGAUUAAAAGGAUGUAUUGGAUCUCUUGCUGAAAAAUAGGGUGCACAUUUCUUUGCUCGUAAAACAUAACACUGGCGUAUUACUUUUUUUGCGUACUCUUUAUCAUAGUUACAAGCGUGCAAAAACAUAAUUACUUGAAGAUCUAUUAAGCAUAAUUUAAUAAUAAUUUUUUAGAAGUUAUUAAAAAUGUUGAUAAUUACCUAUUAAUUAGUGUGUGUAUAUUGUAAAAUAAUAAAAUACUGUUUAAAUUAUGUUUUCUAGUCCAUAAAUUAUUUAAUUAGUUUACAGAAAGUAGGUUUAUACACAAUCUUGCAAACUCUAAUAAAUUAUUUUUAUUUUCUCUAAAUUAUUAAACAGUAUUUUCGAAAGAUAAAAUGUAAAUUACAUAAAUGAACAUAUUAUAAUUAUAUGUGUCAUAGAUAAAUGUUUUUAUAAUCAUAAAAAGAUUUCAUAUAAGUAUAAUUUAAAAUAUUUAGUAAACUAAAAUAAUAGUAUGCAUUAAAAUGUUAAAUUGGUUUUGACACAAUACAUGGCUGAUACAAAUAAAAAAUAUGUUUUUAUACAAGAACAAAAUAUAGUCCAAUUAAAAAUCAAUAAGUAUUAAUUAUCAACUAUAUAAUGUUAUAAUAUUAUAGUGCUGUAGCCAGAGGGAUACUAUGGGGGUUUUAGCACUCUUUAAAAAAAUGCUGGAUACAUUUUUUUUGAGAUAUCAUCAGUUAAAAUAUAAUGUUAUACUACUAGUGUGAUAGAAGUUGAAUCAAUUAAGUAGAAAUUAAUCAUUGUUUUGGCAAAUAUUAUGCGACAAAUUACAAACCCUCCCACCCCUAUUAAUAACAUUGUCCUCAAUACUGUUACACAAUUAUGUAAAGUAAACAAAUUAUCUGUUUCCACUUCAACUUUAUUAAUAACAAAUUCAUAGUGACCUUAACCCAUUAGGCAAAAAUUGAUUUUCUGUUUGCAUUUUUAAUGAUUUUUUAACUUGACAAAAUGUUUUAUUUUAAACAAGUACCUAAGCAUUAAACAACAAUAUUUUUUAUAAUUUGAUUUCACUCACCGAUUAAUUUCCCAUGUAAAUUUAUAUUUUCAUCACUCCAUUUUAGAAGCUCUUGGACAUCUGCGGCAGAUAGUUUUGGAUUUUUUUCAUACUCUUGUUGAGCCGUAAUUUUAUAAUAUUUCUCUAGUGUUUCCAUGAUGGUUUAAAUUUUUUGUAUUAAUAAAAACAAAUUAUUUUAAAAUUUAAAAAUAAUAUAAUGCAGAGAAGUUAAAUGUGUAUUACAUUUUUCGAAUUAUAUCGCAUAUUAUUUAAUGUAUUUAGAGUGUCGAAUGCGACUGCUAACUGCACGGCCUUGUUGUAGUGACUACCUCUGGAAGUCAACUACUCGGUUCUACGUGUCUUCCAUAGCUACUGUGUUGUCCUUGAAUAAAACUGGUAUUGCGUACCUCGUGCGGUUUAAUGUUCGUACGCGAUUCAGUAAUUACAAAUUGUAAACAAUUUAUAUACCUAAACCUACCUAACUACCUAAGAUAAUCGCGUUACAUUAAACAUAAGUACCUAAUGUAUUAAUUAAUAUAGGAAUCCAUAUUUUUCCGAUCAUUUUUCAUAAAAUGUUAUUUUACUAAUUUUAAGUGACAAAUUAAUUGAUAACAGUUUUCUAUUUUUUAAACGUAAUGUUAUUAUUAAUAACUUGAAUUAUUUAAAAAUUAAUAAUACGUACAAUGCCGCCAGUACGUUUAUAAUUAUGAAUACACUAUUAUAGAAUAUAAUUGCGUAUCUAUUUCCGUACUUAUUUCUACAAAUAUUUUUUACGUUGUUUUACUAUAAAAUAAUUACAUUUUAAUGUUGGUAUUUUGGUAGGUACUAAUAUAAAUUAUCUCUUGAGUUUCCGACUGCAAAAUGAUCGUUACGAGUUAAUCUUGCUUCCGGAUAGAAUUAUUUGGUUUAUUAUUCCGCUAUCCACAUUAAAUUUUUGUUAUGAACGCACUUUAAUUAUUAUUAAAAUUUAUGUCGAGUCCUAAAUAAAACGCCAACCCUAUGAUAUCACAUUGGAAUAAAAAAAGUAUAUAUUUUUAAUACCUAGUGAAUAUAAUACGCGUUACUAGGAAUAAUAUUUUUAAUUUAGGAAUCAUUAAUAUGUCGGUUUAAUGCCUAUUUAUUUUUAUAAACGUUAGUUUGGAAUUCGGAUAUCAAAAAAAAUGAUUAAGUAGUUAAUAAAUAAUAAAUACUAUUAUGUUAUUAUUGUUGAUAAAAUAAAUAAUUGUAAUUGUUUGACCUUGACAAUGACUAGUUAGUAUUAAUGCGUUUUUAAUUAAUUUAAAUUCGUAUUGUUAUUAUUAUUUUAAUUUUUUUUUUUAUGAGAACUAUAAGUUGUACAGAAGUUUAAUAGUAGACUAUAUUAUUUAUAUUUGAAAAAUUAUUUUAAAAGUAAAAUUCUCGUUUUAGUAUUAAUAUUGUUUUAUUUUACAAAGUAAGUAGGUUAAUCUAUUUAUUUAGUAGUUAUCGAUUUCUGAACUUUUGACAUAGCGAAUUCUGAACGGAGCAAAAAUUAUGUUUUUUUUUUCUGUGAACAACUUUUCUACCAGCAAUUUUACUCCGAUUUUCAAAUAUAGCACUUUUUCUGAAUGGAAAUUUGACUGGGUGGUACUUUAGGGUUUAGUUUGGGCACCCCUGGUCUAAAUUGUUGUGCUGUUUGUGUUGGAUAAACCAAGAUAAGAUCCCAGAGAUAAGAAGGGGGAAACUCUUUCCGUUUCGAAUCCUAAAUCCUAGAUACCUAUUUUUUUCCAGAUAAAUUCCCAACAAUUUUACUAUAAAAUUGAAUGUAUAUCCGUUUACAACGAUUAAUCAUUGAUAACGAAAAAUGAUUCCGAGUGGAUUUCGGUUAUUCGUGUUUCAAAAGGCCAUAAUUACGAUUUUCGUCAAAAUUUUCUAAUAAAAUUCUUAUAUUAAAAAAAAAAAUUUACAUUAAAUUCAACUUUAUCUUGUUGACCACUAAGUAAAGCAUAAUGAACUUCCUGUUGAAUUUUUGUUUUGUCUAACAAUUUUAUCCAUAGAGUACCCAUCAGAUAAAAAAACGUAAAAAAACUCAAAUUAAAACGUCUAUAAAUAGCCUGAAAAUGUUUUGACAAUUUUACCAAGUUUAUAAAUGAGAAAUACAAGUUUUCUGUAUAAAUUUUAAGUCUCUAGUAGUAUUUUUAAUGGAAAUAAAAUUAAAAAAAAAACAAAUAGCAUUAUUUUCGUAAAUUUCCCCGUUCUUUUUUUUCGGUUUUGUUGAAUUAUUUAAAAACUAUACGGGAAAUUAAAAAACAACUUUCUCACUCGCCAACUGGAUUAAUAAUUGAACAAAAAAAGUCUCUUGUUGCUUUUUUAUUGGAGCAUUAUUUUGAUUAUUUUUUUUUUCAAUUUUUUGAUUGACAUUAACAUUUCUAGUGGAAAACAUAAUUUACAAAAAUGUAGAAUCAUGAAAUCGUUAUACGCCGCGUCGUAAAUAUAUGUUCGUUUUUUCCUACGUUUUGUACCGGUUAUUCUCAAUUAUUAUGUAAAUCGCUUGGAAAAUCAAAAAUAUCAUCUCGCUGAAGUACUAAAUAGAUAAAGUUUCCUUUUUAAAAAAAGGUGAUACACUUGAUACACCGAUGCAAGAUUUCUGGUAGAAAUUGUGUAAAAAGUAUAACAACAAAAAUAAUAAUCACCAUUGUAAAACCAAUACAUUCCUCGUACGCUCCGAAUCUAAAAUAGAUAGACACAAUUUUAUUACGUGAAUUGAAAAAACUACUUUCUAAUUUUAAUUUAAUGUAAUCAUACUAUACAAGGUGAUUUUUUUUAUCUUGAACCUGCAUUAUCUUGGAGUUUUUUUUAAAUUGAUUUGAUUUCUGUUUUUUAUAAUCAUUAUGGGAUCGUUUAAACUUUAUUUUAAAACCAUUUUGAAUUUUGUAAAUUAAUAAAUUGCCUAUCUAUUUAAAAUUAGAACGAUUAAUCAUUGCGAACAAAAAGCGAUUCUAAGUGGAGUUCGGUUAUAUAUUUUUUUAAUUAUCGUAAUAAUUACGAUUUAAAAAUAAUACAUUUCUUAAAUUUUCCCAUAUUUAUUAUGAAAAUCAAAAAAUGACACUUGAAAAUGGGAGCAAAAUUUCUGGUAGAAAAAUUUUUUACAAAUAAAGAAAAAAAAAAUUAUUGUAAAUAACAGUAAUUAACAAAAGAAAAAUAACUAUAUUAUAUUAUACAAUGUUUUAUUGUAAUUCCUCAAAAGCCUUUAUAUACAUAUAUAAAAAAAAAAAAAAUAAUAUUUAUACUAUUGUUAUUCAAAACUUUUUAAUUUAAUCAAACUUUUGCAUCUUUUUAAUUUAGGUUUGGUUAGUACACCAACACGAAGUCGUGAUAUUCGUAUUGAUACGGGUAUCUUAAUGCAAUAUGGUGUAGAGCAAAAACUAGCAGAGACUAUUAAUUUAGAUGUAGUCAUUAAAAAUGCUGUGACUGCUAAUGAAAUAGAUUGGUCCACACCUGUAAUGAAAUCUAAUGAUGAUCUAGUACUUGAAUGGAGUGAUAAGGAAGAUGAUGUCGAUGAAGAAGAGGACGUAACAGUAGAAGAACCUCAAAAAAUCAUUAAACAAGAAUCUGUAGAAAGUGAAAAAUCAAAGUCUGAUUCAAAAGCAUGCAAUCUUGAUGUUAUGGCACAACAACUGAAAUUUGUUGCUUGUCUAAAAAUAUUAAUGGAAGAACUAUCUACAUUGGCCACUGGUUAUGAGGUAGAUGGUGGAGAGUUGAGGUAUCAUCUUUACUUGUGGCUCGAGAGAGAAGUUGAUGCUUUAAGACAUUUAUGUAAUUAUAGUUCCAAAGACUCAAUGGUUGUUCAAUGUAAGUAUGUUUUACUAUUUGCUUUGAUUUAAAAUAUGAGUAAGUAAUAGGUAUAGAUAAAAAUGUUGGAAAAAUUAAAUAGUUCUUUUUGAAAUAUAAUCAAAGUGAAUAAGUGUUUAAUAAUCAUAAUGAUUUAUAUUUAUAUCAAUGUAUAUUUUUAUUUCCAAAUUUAUUUUUUGCCAAGAAAAUUAAAAUAAUCCAUGGUUUUAAAAUUAAUUUAGACGAAGGAGGCCUUGAAUCAUCAGUUUUGGAUAACCGUGAGUUUUCAUCAACUCCUACAUUAAAAAAUUCUGCUGAAAAACCAACUUUACAUGAAAUAUUGCUUGCUGAAAAAAUUGACUUCGAAGCCAAAGUUCAGAGAGCGGCUAGACGAAAAAAAUGGCUUAAGGGUAUGUAAUCUUUUUAUUACAUCAAAUAUUUGUUAUGAACUUACAACACAAAAUAUGUGCUUGUGUUGCAAUAUAAAGUAUAUUAAUUCUAGUUGUUACUUCUUGAUUAAGCAUUCAAAUUGUAUGUAUUUUAUACUCCUUUUUUUUACCCAGAAAACGAAACACUUUUAAGAACAUUACUCAGCUAUUGUAGUUUGCAUGGUGCUGGAGGUGGUGGGUUGGCAUCAGUUCGAAUGGAAUUGGUACUAUUGUUACAAGAAUUACAACAAGAAAAAACCCAACAACAGUUACUCUCACCAUUGCCAUUCCCUACUACUUUACCAUUACUAUCUGCAAGUGUUGCUUGUAACAAGACUGUGAUUGCAGAUCCUGUUCGAUAUCUUCAAGUAAAUCACUUGCCAUAGUUCUUUUUAAUAUUUGAUAAUUAAAAAAAUAUUUGGUUUUAUUUAUAGGCUCAAGCACAUGACAUGUUGCAAACAGUUAUUGAUAUCCGAAGUCCGCCAUUGUUGACACGGAUGGAUCUUAGUUAUUUAUUUGUUUUGAGAGAUUUGUCUGUAGCAUUAUCGGCUUGUUUUUAUCAAUCACUUUGUGAUAGUGAUACAAUUGCUGAAAGUUAUCAAUCAGGUGCAGAUAAUCCGACUUAUUGUAGCCACCUCAUUGCUGCCAAAAAUAGAAAACGUCGUUACAGUAUAGAUGAACCAAUCAAAGUGACAACUCCACCUUCCAAAUGGCCUGGAGUUUCAAGUCUACGUGCAUUAUUAGCACACGAGAAGGAUGAGGAUGCACCUAAAUUAAAUACACUAUUGUGUGAAGCAUUUGUCGCUACUUAUAUGGGUCUAUUAGUAUAUGCAUUUGCCACAUGUGAUUGUCACAUAUUAUACCGAUUAGUAGGACAGAAAUUUACUGAAAAUACAUGGAGCGCGCUUUUUGGUGGUGGUGUUAAAAAACUAUUGAAGGUUGCACCUACAGCACCUAAAAGUCGAGUAAGUAAAAUGUACAAUUAUUAAUUAAACUAACAAUUUGAUUUUAAAUUAUAAUUACUAUACGUCUACAUAUUCUAAAGCCCAAUAGUUUAGAACGAGAAAAUAGUUCGAGCAGUGAUAUAGGCGUAUGGACAGCGGUUACAAGUUUAACUAAACAAAAAGUACGGUUAAAUAUGAAACUUCUUGGUCAAUUUGUCGGUUCUCCUGGUACACCUAGUAUAAAAGAAGAUAAACCUACAUAUAGAGAGCAUUUUGUUCCUCCCGAAAUGUCUAUGAUAUCAUAUUUUUUAAACAAAGUAAGAAAAUAAAAUUUUUUUUUGUUGAAAUCAUUUUAUUAUAAUAUGUGUUUUAGCCAAAUUUGGCAACAGAAGUUCAAGAUGUAGAUUAUGAUUCUGCUGAUAGUGCUGUAUCUGACCUAUCUGAAGAUGAAGAUGAAGAUUGUGAUGUCUUUGAUAAUACACAAGAUAACAAAAGCAAAACUACUAAAAGUGAAAAUACAGAACAUUCAAAUCCUUAUAGCUAUGCUUGGAUGGUCAUGAGAUUAGCCAUAAUGCAAUUGGUCCAAGAACAGUUACAUGGUUUUCUUACAAUUGCAGCCAUUGAUCUCCAAGGUAAUAUAUAUUAUAUAAUAUCAAACAUUAUUUAUUUGUAUUUAUUACAAAUAGUUAAACAAUUAAAUUUUAUUGAUAUUGUACAAAUUAUUCUUAGAAAAUAGGUACUUAAAUGUAUAAUUUUGUGUUCAGAACUACCAGUUAGCAGUCCAUUAAUUCACGGAAUACUCCGAGUAGUUAGCCAAUGGCAAGAAAUAUUAAAAGAAGAAUUAGAAUCUAAAGGGCCUCCUCCUGUUGAUUACAUACCUGGCUGUUUUGUGGAACAGGCUACUACAGGUCCACCGAUUAAUAAAUACAGAACACUCUUAGACAAAUCAAAUACUCCUUUCCAGUAAGUUUAUCAAGUAAAUUAAAUUAUCUAUUCUAAUAAUAUUAUAUUAUUGUUAGCCCGCGUCACAGUUCUGCUGCUCCAGCUCGACGUCUAUGGAACUUUUUAGUUCGCCAAGAAUUUGUUCAAGAUCUUUUUAUUCGUAGUAUAUUUAGCCGCCAGCCAAGAGCAGCAGGUAGUUCUACAUUACCGACUAUGAGUCAAGAAGUCAAAUCGUGCUCUGGAAGUGAAACACCUAAUCUCCAUUUACCUGAUCCAGUGAGAAUUAUUCAUAAAGAACAGGACUCAAUAUCUGCUUUUUGUCUAAACUUGGUAUACAUUUAUAUUAUUUUAUUUUACAACUCAAAAUUCAUUUUAUUAACUAAUUUGAGUUUAUUAAUUUUAUUUCAGGCAAAUAGUAGUCUUCUUGCACUGGCAACCCCUCGUGAGAUACAAGAGAUGGACAUUUCAUUAUUAUUAGAAUCGCCUUCUUGGUUAGAGGAUGAAUGUGAAUUUGAUCUAGUUAAUCUUUCUCGGUUAGUAAUAAACAUUUUUUAUUUAUUAUUUAUUAGUAUAUCUGCCAUUGUUGAUAUGUGUACAUAUACCUACUGCCAUUUAUAUUAACAGAGACCAUGAACAUCAACCCUCUAGUUUCUUGGUAAUUCAAACGUCUGUUGAUCGUCCUCUUCAAACAUCUCCUGGCACUGUUAUUGUUAAUCCUUUGCCAACAAGUCCUAGUGUGACUGGAUUAGCAGGCCAGACUGGUCGAGGUGCAUCUGUGGUAAGUUAUUAAUGUGCAAUAGCUCUUGAAAUUGUACUUUUAACCACAUGGAAAAAUCCAUUGAUUAUUAUUGGGGCUAAAGAGUAAAAUAAAAUUGUAGUAAUUGUGAACUCAAAAGCGUUAUGUGCUGUACGUGAAUGUUUUGUUUUCUAUGUGAUAAGGUACCACAAAAGAGCACACAAGGUUACAGCGACGGAGGAACGAGAGCAAUAAAAAGCUCAAAAAAUAUUAUGUCGGUAAGAGGCUAUUAAUUGUUGCGAGCGCGUGGGCUUACACUACCAUCUGCCGUGUUUUUCUUCUGUGUAUAAUAUAUUUGAUCUAUUAUCUAUUUAAAAAUAAUAAUUACAUUUUUUCUAUAUAUAAAUAUCUUCAGGUGCCAGGAUAAAUAGCUUUGUAUACUUUAAGCUUCCCAAUUCUUAAGAGCUAUCAGAAUUUUGGAUAAACGCUUACAAAUUUUAAAACACUUACCAUUUUAUAUUUAUAUUUUUCUCUCCUCCAUUAUAUUCUAAUCAAGUUAAUAAUAUAUACAUCAUUGAUCUUAAUCACAUACAUAUAUAAUUAUAAUAAAUCUUUUAUACAUAUUUUAAUCUUUAAAACAGUUACUUAAACAUUGUACAUAAAUAUAUUAUAAAAUUAAUGAUAUAUGUAGAGGUAUGCCUGUUUUGUUUUUUGUUUGGUUUUGUUUUGUUUUUUUUUUUUUCAAGGCUUAUCUCUAAAAACACUGUUAAUUUUAUAAUUACAUAAAUGCUUUAACAAUACAUCAAUUGUUUUUAAAAUAUUGUCAUUAUUAUUGUGUGUCACAUUGCUAUCAGAUGAAGGGACUGAAUUUCCCUGGUUGUCACGACCCACGUUUCUGUCAGUUUGUCUGUGACCGCAGUCGACUCCUGCUCAGACCGGUGCGUUAAAUUUGAUGAAAUACAUUUUGUUAAGUCGAUUUAAAAAUUGAGUGUUUCUCCUUUGUUAUGAUUUAUAUAUGUUCGCAUUUUAGAGCUUCGGCAUAAUUAAAAAGCAACCAUAAAAAAGUUGCUCUGUUUUGGUUUUUUUUUUUUUUCUUUAUUUUUCUUAAUUUAAUUUCUGUUUUAUGUAGAAUAGACAAGAUUUUUGUGUGACGCUUGAUGAUGCUUGAAAUGUUACAACCAACAAAGUAUAUAUAUUCCUAGAAGUGUUUAGCUAAUAUUUGUUUGUCAUACAUUAAAUAAAACUUCAUAAACAUUGUACAUACACAUUUUGAAAAUCAUUAACCAUAAAACUUGAAUGUAUUAUUUAAUAUUAAUCAAUAUUUGUAUAUUUUUUUAACAUAAUCUUUUGUUUUGGUUUUUUCUUAUUUUUUAUUUUUUUUAGGUGAUGAAACAUCGUGUGGAUAACAUUCGGAGAAUAUGUCCACACCCUCUGUUACCUGUGUGUUAGUUAAUUAUUAUUACACAACUUCUGAACAAAAAGAAACCACCAAAAUAACAUUGAAAAUAUAAUUAUCAUUUGUAUUUUAUUCAGAUUUAACGGGUUCACAAGAUGGAUCAGUACAUAUUUGGGAAUGGGGUCAUCCUCAAACAGUAGCAGAACCUCGAGCAGCUGGUACAUUUGCAAAAGUUACGAGAGUACGAUUUUCUCAACAUGGUAAUAAAUUUGGAGUGGCUGAUGGUGAUGGAAAUUUAUCUCUAUUUAAUGUCGGUCUCACAUCAUCUAACUACAGACCAUUUUAUGUAAGUAUUUACUUCUAGAAUUAUUGUGUAUACUUUUAAUGUACCUAUUUGUAUAUUUUUGUUUUAAAAGACAUUCCAAUGCCAUAAUAAAGUUACCAGUGACUUUGUAUUUCUUGGCUCUUGCAGUCUGAUUGCUACAACUGGCUAUUCGUCAGAAAAUAGAAAUGUCGCAUUAUGGGAUACACUGUUACCACAUAAGAAAUCACUAGUCACAGGUAGUCAACAUAUAAUAAUUUUAGUAAUUCCUAGCAUUAAAUAUUGAUUUUUUUCUUUUUUCUUUAAGCAUUUAUGUGUCACGAGCAAGGAUCAACAUGCAUAGGAUUUGCUCCACAGCAUCAAGUAAUAGUUACUGGCGGACGAAAAGGUGAUAUAUGCAUAUUUGAUGUGCGCGGAGGAAGUGGUUCAAUAAAACAUCGUUACUUGGGCCACGAUUCAUGUCUUAAAUGCAUGACCAUUGAUCCUCAUGAACAGUUUUAUUGCACAGGAGCAGCAGAUGGAGAUAUCAAAGUAAGCUACACCAGAAUUAUACUUACCAAUUGUAAGUGUUAUAGUACCAAUUGAACAAUUGUUUAAAAUAAAAUGCUUUUCAGAUUUGGAAUUUGUCUACACAUCAAUUAAUGUACACAUUUCUUGCCGAACAUGCUCGAUCUAGCUUCUUCAAGCAUAUUGGUCAAGGUGUAACACAGUUACAAGUAGAUUCAUCUGCAAGACUAUUUUCAUGUGGAGCAGAUGGUUCGAUGAAAGUUAGACAAUUGCCAGAUAGGUAUCACUGAGAAUUAAUGUAGUAAGUCUUGUUUCUCCCCCCCCCUCCUUGGAGAUUUAAAAGUAGUUGAUUUGCUACUUCAAUAAAUAGCACUAGUCAAAUAAUACAAUUCAGUAGGGCUUAUAAUAAUCAGUUUUUAUUUUUGUUUUUGUUAAUUAUGUGUUUAUAAACUCAAAUAUUAUUGAAAAUUAUUUUAAUUCUUAUUUUUAUUAGUAAAAUAUUAGGAACCAUUAAGACACCGUUAUAUGGCAUAUAAUAUUUAGAAAAAUUGUAAGUAAAAAACCUUACAAAUUUGCAAUAAUCCUAAUUUUAUUAUUGAUUCAUAUUAAGUAAUCAUAUUAAUACAUGAGUAUUAGCAAUAAUAAAACAUUAAACUUUUUAAAUUUAUCUAUAUUACUUCAUUAUUAUUAUUAGUAUCAAGGUGAUAAUAUAAAACUAUUAUAACUUUAACAAAGUGUUAGCUAAUUUAAUCCAGCAUUAUAAAAUUUGUCAUAAAUUAAUACUUUAAUCUAUAUCCACUUCUUAAAAAAAAAAAAAAUACAUUAAAAAUAUCAUUAACUAAUUUAUACUAUUAUGUGAGUUAUUUAUAUUAUAUUUUAAUAAAGGAUUUAGUAUUUCAGCGACAUUGCAACAUAUUAUAUAAACGUUUAUGCAUAUUUAUCAUCUAUAAAUUAGAUUUAUAUAUUGUUUUAAUAGGAACAUAAUUUAAUAUAAUAAUAUUACUCUGAAUAAAUCAAAUAUAUAAAUUGUAAAAAAGUCAUAAUUAUUGAUAAUUUUAGAUAUAUUAUAAUUAUCUAUAGUAUAAUUAAUAAUGUGCCUAGUGCAGGUUUAUUAUUAUGUUUGUAUGGGUCUUCUGUGAUUUUUUUUAUAAUUUAAAAUUAGUUAGUUUUAUUUAAAUUGUAGUAUUUUAUGUGGAUUCAAAUGUUUUAUUAUAGUUCAAGACUUUUGACAAUAAAAAAAAGCAAAUACACAUAUUAUGUUAAAAAAAUUGUUUUUUCUUUUUUUUUGGUUAAACUAUUGAAUGAAAGUUUUGUGUAUAAUUUAUAAUACAUGUAAACAUUAUUUUAAUUCUAAAUUAUCUGUUUGCUUCUCAUUAUAACAAAUAAUCUUUUUAUUUUAUCCCCUUUGGCAAUUAUGUUAUUUUAUAUAAUUUAAAACAUAUUGUUACUAUAUUAUAAGUUAUUAUAUUACUAGGUAUUAUUAUUAUAACUUUAAAAUAAAACAUAAUUAUACCAUGUUGUUGACUUAAUUUGAAAUUGUUUUUAUUAUUUUUCGUGAUUGUA